AUAUUUGGAAAGUAUUUUCCUUUGGCAUAUGCAUUAGAAAUUUUCAGAUAUUUCGUGUGUGGGAACUGCAAAAGAGAGUUGAGAACAAGGAGAUUCAGUUAGGGUUUAUCAAAUGGAUUCUACAUCAAAUCCAGACACCCAUGAAUCAUGCAGAAAAGUGGCUAUAAAGAUCCGGAUGAUGGGCGCCAGCGUUUCUUACUGGAACUCGAAAUUCAUUCAAUGCCUCGCUAUCCCAACUUAUAUUCACUGUUUCCACACUGCCUGUUCUUUCUUGAGCUUCUCCAAAAUCCAUCAUUUCUUAAUGCAAUGGUGCAUACCGCCAACAAGGUUAAUCCUUGCCCCAAGGACUUCUCAUCUCAUUUCACUUUUUAUCGUCUAUUGCACUAUGUUUGCCAACCUAGAGUUCAGGCACAUAAAUCUGUGAUAAGAUCCAAUUUACAUGUUUGGAACAAUUAGUAGGAAGUAGCACAUAGGCAGUAAUUUUGCUUCUGGAAGAACUACAUAAAUAACUGUUUGAAGCAUAUUUAUCCACUGCCUCUUCCUGAGGCUGCAAUUGAACCAAGUUCUGCUCCUCCUGCAUCACUACCAUCAAGUGUAGCCCCUGCAGCCCCUCCACCUCCUGCUCCUACACCUGUUACAGCUGCAGCUCUUUUCUGAUGAAGUAUGCCAUCCCUCCUGGAUUUGGUCUUGCUAAAACUGACCUAAGGAAUGCUUCUGUUGAUCAAAGAAAGAGAAACAGGAAAGACGGAUUCUUUUACUCAUAACACAGACAUCCAACCAAUAGAUUCAUGAAUUAAGGUUGGCUUUCUUCAUCUGUUCCUCCAAUCACCAUUAAGACAAGGUAUCUUGAAGGAAGAUGACUGGAGAAGUUCGCUGCUUUGAACCUAGGCGAUCUUUGUGGCCGAUUCCAGCACCUAAGAAUCCAACUGCUUCUUCUACUCAGGAUGAAAAGGAGGAGGUGGAUUCGCGAUCCAUAUAUGUCGGUAAUGUUGAUUAUGCUUGCAAGCCUGGGGAAUUGCAGCAGCACUUUCAAGUGUGUGGCACUGUUAACAGGGUAACUAUCCUGACCGACAAGUUUGGCCAGCCAAAAGGCUUUGCGUAUGUGGAGUUCUUUGAAAGGGAGUCUGUUAAGAAUGCACUUCUGCUGAACGAAUCAGAGCUUCUCGGGCGGAAGUUGAAGGUAUCUGCCAAGCGGACAAAUGUUCCUGGUAUGAAUCAAUUUCGAGGAGGGCGAUUUAAUCCUUAUGCUGGAUUCCGUCCUCGACGUGCGUUUGUGCCUGGUGCUCCAGUCAUUCCACCUUUUGGGUAAUUAACAAUGACGCUAUCCUCUGCAGAACCUUAUUUUGGUGAUAUAUAGAUAUAGAUAUAGAUAUUUUCUUUUACAACACAUUUUUAUAGAUACUUUUAGCUUUUUCCUCAAAUAUAAAACCACCAGCCCUACUCGUCACAUACUGUCGAAACUUCCUUGACCUUUUUUCAUUAUUUUGUAGCUCAUCUAGCAUCUAGGGUGGCAAGUUGUACUAUGAACUGCUUAUUCUGAAAAGGUAUGGAGGUGCUUAAAAGGUAUAUCAAGAUAUGAGCAGUCCAUAGUACAACUUGCCACCCUAGAUGCUCGAUGAGCUACAAAAAAUUAUGAAAAAAGGUCAAGGACUUUCCGACAGUAUGUGACUAGUAGGGUCAGUGGUUUUGUAUUUGGGGAAAAGGCUAAAAAUGUGUUGCAAAAGAAAAGUAAAAGGCUUACAACUUUGUCUCUGUCAAUCAUGAUCUAUCUUUGAAGUACGACCUCCCCUUCUCUACCCCAACCCAAAAAGAAGAGGUAUCAAAUUGUUACUUGUCGAAAACAAAGUGGAUUUUUGCUUGUCCAUUCUUUUGGGGCUAGACAUCUUUGUCUGAUCUCUAGUAUCACUGUAUCAGGAGCAAAGAGGUGCUGGGGAAAAAUAGCUCAGAGUAGUUUCCGGCCUACCAAUAAUAUUAUCCUGGCCUUUGUUACUUCUACAAACAUUGGGCUAAAGCUUAGCUUAUCCCCUUACUCUUCGAAUUUCAUUCAAGUACCAGUAUUUUAUUUUUUUUAAUUAAGUUAAAGUUGUAUUCUUCAGCAUUAAGGGUAUGCUGGCUACCUCCAAAAAAUUACAAGCUAAAACCAUAAUUACAUUGAUCCUAGGAAAUCUACCAACUGUUCUGCUACUUCUAUACCCUCUUCUUUACACCAAAAAAUCAACAUGUAAUUUUCUUUAACUUUCUGCAUAGUGUUAGUAAUAUUCUCAUGACACCUAAGAUUUCUUUCUCUCCAAAUAGCCCACCAGACACAAGCUGGUACUAUAGACCACCAUUUGUUUUAUGUCUUGCUCCCCCCCUCCUCAUCCAGCAGCUCAAAAGAUCAGCAGUAUGUUCUGGCAUCAGAAAUGCUGUAGACCAUGCGUCACACCUGAACAGUAACCCUACAGUGUAGGAAUAAGUGGUUGUUCGUUUCUUCCUUCUCAUGACAAAAAAAACAUUUGGAGACAAUCUGGAAGCCUCUUUUUCUGAGUUUCUCCUGAGUGAGACAUGCCCUUCUGGUGACCAACCAGGUGAAGCAUUUCACCCUGGUUGGAGUGUUGCCCUCCCAUAUUUGUUUCCAUGGACCAUGAAUUCCCCCAGAGUGAGUCAUGACCUCUCUCCUAUACAGUCUACGUACAGAGAACUUCACAUCAGAGUCAUGUUUCCAUCUUAUACCAUCUGCUUCCGUAGUAAGGCCCGUGAAUUCACCCAAUUUGAGUAGCAGUUCAGCAAUUCUAUCCACUUCCCAAUCAUUUAGAUUUCUCCUGAAGGUGAGGUUCCAUCCCUGAGGGGACCAAAUCUCAGAAAUUUUAGCCUCAGGAUUGGUGCAGAACGAGAAGAGAUCAGGGAAAACCGUGUUUAGACACUCUUGUCCAAUCCACUUGUCCUUCCCAAAAAAUACUUUGUUGCCCUCUCCCACCUUGACCACCAAAUUCUUCUUUAGACUAUCCUAUAAAUUUCUGAUUGAUCUCCAAACUGAUACCCCAUAUGUGCUAUCUACUACAUUAGACAUCCACUCCUCGGUCUGCCCAUACUUGUUGAGAAUUGCUCUUCUCCAUAAUGCCUGAUCUUCAACCACAAAUCUCCAAAGCCAUUUAGAAAGUAGACUUUUGUUCUGGACCCUCAGAUUUUUUAUGCCAAGACCCCCUGUCUUCUUGCUUAGUAAGGCUGUCUGCCAUUUAACUGAAGUGUAUUUUUUUUUCUUCUUUGUUCCCCGACUAUAGGAAAUCCCGCCUCAAUUUAUCCAACCUCUCUUCUACCUUUGCUGGUAGAGGGAAAAGAGACAUUAACAUAUGUAGGCAACGCAUCUAGGACCGAAUUGAUCAGAGUGACUCUUCCUCCCAGAGAUAGAUAGUUUGUCUUCCAAUUAGCCAACCUCUUCUCGUCUUCUCAAUGAUUCCGUCCCAAAUCACCAGCUCCUUAUGAUUAUUCCCCAAAGGCAUUCCCAGGUAAGUAGUUGGUAAGUGCUCUAUCUUGCAUUGCAAGAUGCUUGCCAACAUCUGAAUAUUUGCCACUUCCUUGACUUGGAAGAUGCUGCUUUUCCCCCAGUUCACAGCCAGUCCGGAGACGGCCUCAAAAAUCACCAAAACAACUCUAAUGUAACUAACUUGUUCAGCCUUUGCAUCGCAAAAUAUUAGUGUGUCAUCUGCAUAUAAAAGGUGACUUAUCUGCAAAUUGACCCCUGACUGAUUACCAAUGUUGAAACCCUUUAUGCAGUCCUUCUGAUUGGCCACUCUAAUCAUACUGUUAAGACCCUCCAUAGCUAAAAUAAAAAGGAAUGGCGAGAGAGGGUCUCCCUGUCGUAAACCUCUCUCAGAAGGAAAAAAACCAGCAGGUUCUCCAUUAACAAGUAUGGAGAACCUGACAGUUUUGAUGCAAAAUCCUAUCCAUUUAAGCCAUUUGUCUCAAGCCCCAUCUGCCUCAGUAUAUUAAGUAGAAACUCCCAAUUGACAUGAUCAUAUGCCUUUUCUACAUCAAGCUUGCACAUGAUUCCUGGGAUCUCUCCUUUAAUCCUCGAGUCUACACAGUCACUUGCGGCAUCCAUAAUUUGUCUUCCUUGAAUGAAGGCCAUUUGGUGAUUAUUCACUAAUUUGCUUAUCACUUUCUUUAAUCUCUCUGCCAACAGCUUGCCAAAAACCUUGUAAACUCCACUAAUGAGACUGAUGGGUCUGAAAUCCCUAAGUUCCAAAGCUCCUGUCUUUUUUGGGAUUAGAGCCACAUAGGUGACGUUGAGACUCUUCUCUAUUUCAUGUCUUUUUUUGGAAAAAACUUAAGGAAAGCCAUCUGGUCCGGGGGCCUUAUAACUAGUACAUGCUUUUAUGCAAUUCAAAACUUCCUCUUCCUCAAAUUGCCUCUGCAGCCAUACAUUUUCCUCUUGUGUAAUGCAUUCUGCUCCCUGUACUUUAAAUUCUGGCCUCCAUUGUUCUGUUUCUCUGUAAAGAUUUUGAUAGUAACUGAUUAUGGUUCCUUUAAUUUCUUCUGAAUCUGUUACUGUAACCCCUUCAACCAUCAGCUUAUCAAUGGUGUUGAAUCUUUUAUGAGCUGUAGCCAUCCUGUGAAAAUACUUGGUAUUUUUGUCUCCGUGUUUGAGCCAGUGUAUUCUUUCGAUCCCCCUCCCCUUUUUCUUUCUACACCUGUCGUUAUCCUCUCCCUUUUUUUCUUUGAA